CUAGUAAGUACGCUUCCAUUUUGUGACUAUCAUAAUCACUAAUCUAAGCUGAAAUAAAGCUGAGUUUUUAGCCUAAGCCUUCUGCAGCGGCGACGAAUCGUAAAUAAUGCAUGUCGCUGGCUGUCAGUAGCACUCCAUUGUUGCCGAACGUUGUUCGGUUCUCUUAUACUUAUAUAUUUCUCAGCGGAGCGCGUUUGGUCCUCUGUCCUCAGCCUUCGACCAGCAUCUGAGCAUCUAUAGUUGACGCGAAAGACGUGAAAUGGGUUUCUCCUCCGGCGUGUCCAACUUUUUCUAUGAUGUUAAAAUCAUGUCUUGGGAUGUCAUCCUCACACUCCUCAACGUCGUGGGGAAAAAGCAUCACAUCGGUGAUGUCACCCCCGAGGGCCACCCAGGCUAUGGAGGGUACUGGCCCGAAUUUAGGCCUCCCCAGGAGACCGACUCUCGCUGCUCGUGCCCAGGACUCAAUGCACUUGCCAACCACGGCAUCAUCUCGCACAGCGGCCGUGGGAUAUCAUUCGUCGAACUGGAUCGUCAUGUCCGGGCAACCUACAACAUCAGUUCUACCUUAUCCUCAUUUGUGCCGCACUAUGCUGCUCGCAUGCUUAAGAGAAGCUACAAGGAUGAUACCUUUGAUUUAGAAGAACUCGACCUGCAUAAUGGUAUUGAGCACGACGCGUCUCUCUUACGCCUAGACGCUGCUUUCCAACCAAACCAAUCGACGAAACACGUACCUUACAUCGAAGAGCUACUCGCGGCAGCUUCCGGCAAGGACAAGGACGGCAAUGUUGUGAUUACUACCAAGGACCUCUCCAAGUUGCUGGGCAAGCGUCGUGCAGUGGCGCGUGCAGUAAACCAGGAGUUCUCGCUGAAAUCUUUCCACAAGUUAUUUGGUUGCGCAAAUGCCUCGCUGUUGCUCUCAACCUUUGGAGGUCGUGUGGAUCACCUGCAGAGUUUUCUUCUUGAUGAGCGAUUCCCAGAGGGCUGGGAGUCGCACGUCCGCCAACCCAGGGGACUGACGCUUGUAAACUUCAACAAGCUUGCACUGUCAAUUGAAUUCGGUGUGCGCGAGAAGGAUUGGAAGCAAGUAGCACAGGAAGCUGCAGCACAUCAUGAAGUUACUCCUGCUUAAAAUGAUGUCCCAAAGCAGAUAGUACUGAAAUUCGCCUAGCCACCAUCCACAUCCACAUAUCUGCUUCACUUUAUGACUAUGGCACCUACGUACUACAUACUGACGACUAUUACGAUUUUUCCAUUGCCUGUUGAACUCGUUUCACUCGUCUUUGAUACACAAAUUAUACAUUGAUAAUGAAACUGAUAAAAGGCUGCUCGCCCGA